AUGAGACCAACAUUGUUACAAGGACAUGAAAGAGCCCUGACUCAAAUUAAAUACAAUAGAGAUGGUGACAUAAUUUUCUCUACCGCAAAAGAUCAACAUAUAUGCGCAUGGUUCUCACACAACGGUGAAAGACUUGGGACUUAUCACGGUCAUCAAGGUGCGAUAUGGACAGUAGAUGUUGACCCUACGAGUACUAUUAUCGCCAGUGGCGCGGCAGAUAACACCGUUAGACUAUGGGAUAUCAAGUCCGGCAAAUGCUUAAAGGUCUGGGAUUUCAACACGGCUGUGAAACGGGUUGAAUUUAACGAGGACGGUUCGCAACUACUUGCAGUCACCGAACAACGUAUGGGAUUCCUGGGUACUAUUGUAGUUUUGGACAUCAAAAUAGACGUAAAUGCUGAACAGUCUGACGAGAAGGUCAUGACAAUAACUUGCGAAGAAAGCAAAGCUACAGUCGCUGGAUGGAGUUACUUGUCCAAGUAUAUAAUUGCGGGACAUGAAGAUGGGAGCGUAUCGCAAUACCAUCCAGAGGUCAGCAGCAUUGAUAAAUUAAUCUUAAAUGAGAAGGUUCACGAGACAAUCAUCACAGAUCUUCAGUGGUCGACAGACAGGACGUAUUUCAUCACUGCGUCCAAAGAUAAGACUUCCAAGCUUAUCAAUGUCUCAAACCUGGAGGUUUUAAAAGUAUACGUUGCAGACACGCCUCUAAAUAGCGCCUCAAUCACACCAAAGAAGGACUUCGUUAUUCUCGGAGGAGGACAGGCCGCAAUGGAUGUCACCACUACUUCGACUCGUCAAGGUAAAUUUGAAGCGAGAUUUUACCACAAAAUAUUUGAAGAAGAAAUCGGAAGAGUACGGGGACAUUUCGGUCCACUUAGCUACGCAAGUGGUGGAGAAGAUGGGUACGUGCGGGUACAUCAGUUUGAUAAAGGCUAUUUCGAUUUUAGUUACGAAGUCGAAAGACAGGCCAGAGCUACGGGACAACUGUAA